AUGUGCAUCCAUGAAGAGGACAGCGGUCUUCUCUCUAAGCACACCGAUUUCCGUGACGGUUCUGUGAUUUCUGCGAGAUACGGCUUCUAUUAUAUCUUCACCCUCUAUAACACCUACAGACUGGAAAUGAAGCUGACGGGGAUGCUGAACACCUGCUGUCUCCGUCCCUCAGAGUCAGCUCUGCCUUUCGGAGCCCAGGUCGCCGCAGGCCUCACGGCUCACAACCAUCAACACAUCUUUUCCCGUGUGGACCCCGAAAUUGACUACCCAAAGAGCUCCAUCGUGCAGAACGAUGCAGUGCCAUCGGAAGCACCGGCGAAGUCGUCAGCUACGGUGACGCAUUAUACUGCAAGAAGACGACCCUCAAAACGGCCUUGGAAGCCGCGACAACCUACUCCUUUGAGAUCAGUCGCUCAUGAGAGAUCAUCAACCCCGGGCGUCUCAAUUUCGCGACAUAGAGGCCCGUCGGGUACAAGAUUCUCAACAGCAACAGGCCCGCGCUGCUGGCAUAUCCCAGGAGUGUCGCAUACAACCGCGCCGCGUUUGCCAGGAAGAGUCUCCACUGCUAAACAGGUUGUAUCUACUACCAGGUAG